CAGAUCUUCAUUGGCUCAGCUGAUGCAGUUGCGACUUGUUGCAUUGAUAGUGUGUUGAUUAUAUUUUUGGCUGUAUUUUUAGAUAGAAAGUGAAGAUGAAUGCAUGAAUAGAACAAAAAAAAAUUCUUAGGAUGCUAGUAGUAAUCAAAGCUGAUAUGUUUAUUGUGACACAUGCAUUCGUUUAGAAAAACAGUGGUGCUGCUUUGGUGGAUAGUUAUGUAAAUUCAUUGAGCGCUACGUUCUUAUACCGAGACUAAAUUUGAUGGAAAAUAUAAGAAUAGAUUGUCGUGAGUGAUACUGUAAAAUCUGUAUGGUAGCAAAUAUCCAGCAUGACUUGGGAUUGUUGGCAGAAAGAGUUCUAUCCGAAUGAUCCACAUCGUAAUCAUCAAUGGACUGGUGGACUAGGCGCUCUAUCAGAGAAAGGUUCUCAACAAAUGUACAAUCUUGGGAAGAAUCUAAGACCUCGCUACUACCGUUUGCUGCCUCCGAACGGUCUGUAUUCUAAGGAUAACAUGUACGUUGAAAGCAGCUACGCUGAACGAUGCAUCAUGAGCGCUCAAAGUUUCAUGGCUGGCUUCUUACCUCCUUUGGAAAACACCAACCCGCUCCCUAUCCCGUGGCAACCGGCAGCGAUCAAUACAAUCCCUAGGGAUCGGGAUACGCUUUUGGCUCAGAAAAAACCUUGCCCACGGUACGAACAAUCACUUCAACGCUUGAUGAGCUACCCACCGAAGGACAUCCGAGAUUUGAAUGAGAAGAAUGCAGCGCUCUACAGGACAUUGACACAAUCAACAGGACAGAACAUUAGUACAAUCUUGGAUGUGGAAUUACUUUACAACACUUUGGAAAUCGAAAAGAACGCCGGCCUUGAACUUCCGGAUUGGACCGAAAAUAUAUUUCCAGAUAAAAUGCUACCAUUGGCAGAGCGAAGUUUAGCACUUUUUACGGAGACCCCUUUUAUGAAAAAGAUUAAAGGAGGGGCAAUCAUCAGUGAAUUGCUGGAUAACAUGAUUAGAAAGCGAUCGGGAAUCUUGAUGCCGGAACGAUCGAUCUUUAUCUAUUCGGCGCACGAUGUCACGUUAGUCAAUCUUAUGCGUACAAUGAACAUCAUUGACCAGACCAGCGGCAAACCAGACUUCUCCGCUACGAUCGUAUUUGAACUGCAUCAUAGCAUCACAUUUGAUGAUGAUUUCGAAGUGAAAAUUGUAUUCUUCUUUAACAGCGAGGAUAAAUACCCGAAAGAGAUCAAAAUACCGAAUUGCGAACACCCCUGCUCGCUUACCAAGUUCAGUCAAUUGAUGGAAACGGUUCGGCUUAAAAGCUAUGAAGAACUGUGUGCAAUUGUUUGAUAAUGGUUUAUUAUUAUUAUUAUUAUUAUUAUUAUUAUUAUUAUUGUUAUUUGUUUUUGUUUUUUUGCUAAGAGUGUAGUGAUUCCAAAUGAUCUGACUUGUUACCACUUCAAUUGAACUUAAUAAGAUAAUCUCAGUGUGGCCAGCAAAAUUUAUGGUGUUAAAAGAUUAAUAGAGUAUUUGUACUCUUACUAAGAAUAUAGGCUCCUAUCUUCAUCCUACUCAAAACAAAGGAACUGUUUUGUUUCUUAUUAUUUUGUUCUUCUUAUUAAAUAACGGAAUCAAUCGGUGCCAUAGUCGCUUUGUUUUCUAGUAGGAUGAAUUUGGGAGCGCUAGAUUACUAAGUGAACGGUGACCCAACAUUGAACUUAUUUGUUAUAAAAAAUACACCCAAAUGGGAAAAUAAAACGUUUUCAAUCUGAAGUUGAAUAUGCAUUCAUUAAUCAAACAUUAUAUUGCGGAUUUUCCCCGUAAUAGACUCACACGCGGAAAAUUUUGUCCCACCAAAAUAUUCACACACCGCUUUUCCCUUAGAUUAGGUUUUGUCACUGCUAACGAAAACAACAUUGAACGCACGCUCUCGGUUGGUGCAAUGAAUACAUGGUUCGUUCAGCUGCUAACUGCCAUGCAAACUGACGUGUGAGUGUUUAUUUUUUCUCUUCGAAGAUUUGCUCCAAUGUCUUUUUUUUUUAAUUUUUAUUUAUGUGUAUUUUAACUUAAAUGCUAAUUCUACACUCUGCUCCAAUGUCUAUCAACAAAUAAAAAAUGCCAUGGCAGGCAAAAAAAGCACUGUGGAAUUGCUCAAAGAACACUAAGUUGAAGCGAAGCAGGCCAAGUUACAGUUGAGACGCAGAGCCAUAAAGAAGGAGAAACAUCUUCCUCAUAGCAAAUAUACCAAUAUUCCAUGGUCUAAAACGUCCGAAAACCGUUUGAUACCUUUUGAAAUGCUGAAACCUCCUAAACCGCCCUGAAAUGCCUCAGAAAUGCCUUGAGACGCAUCGAAACACCCAGGAUUUUUUUUAUUUAAACGUUUAUUUUAGGCUCAUGCGCCAUCAAGCAUAACGGAGCCGAAUUCAGUUAUUUUUUUUACAAUUUCAUGUUUUGACUUAUAAUUUAUAUUAGUUUUGGGGAACCGAAAAACUCACGGUUUGGUCGAGGUUAGGGGGAACAAAAAUAUUUGAGGAAAGGAUAGGGUGAUGGGGCUUUUCGUUGACACGUAACAGCAUGGUGUGGCGUAUUGCUGCUGGCCAAACGUAGAGUGGACAAACAACCUGUAUAACGAUACAAACAGACGAUUUUCGAAGGGACACGAAGUGGACAAUCGGAGCAACAAGACUGGCAUACAUUGGCGGAGCCAGUAUUUUAUUUUUUCUUGCUCACUCUCCUAAACAUGCACGAGAGGGAGAGCGAUGGAAGAGGAGGCAGCUUGCCCCCUUUUUCAUCCCGCUCUUUCUCUCGCAUGUUUAGGGGAGUGAGUAAGAAAAAAGAAAAAGCUGGCUCCGCGAAUGCUGGCAUAUCAAACAAAGAGACGAGGUGGACAAGUGGAACAACAAGACGGGGAUAUCAAACGAAGACUUCAUCUUGCUUCAAGAAGUCGUACAUAAGCUUCAUGUACUCAAGAUCUAGUUUACUCAACACAUCUCUGAUGUCUUCCUUUUCUGGUUUCCCUCGGGCCCUGAGGGAUGCACAUAAAUCGGAUCUGGUAAUACCGUACUCGGGGCAUUCCCACACAACAUGGUUGAUAUCUUGAUAGCCUACACCGCAGCUACACCGAAUGCUAUCUGUGUGUAAAGGAAUAGGGCACUGCAUGAAAUUCUCUCCUUCUAUUUUACUCUUACAGAAAUUUUGUAAACAACAAGGCCAAGAAACGUCAAAAUCCCAUACAAAAUCAAAACAGUGCAGUGCCCUAUAACAUCAAUAAUAAAAUCUCAAUUUUUGACCUAAGUUACCAAGCGAAUAACUGCACGAUGUCAAAAUUUUGAUUAUUAUCGAACUUUCAUGUACCUCGGAUUUUUCUUCAUAGAAUGUUAGAAUUUCGGCUAUAAUUUACAAAUGCAAAAUUUGAAAAUAUUCUAUCGGGGAAAAUUUGAUUUAGAUGAGUUUUUAGCUAUUUUCCAUACUAAAAAUCAAUAAUUACUAUUUUAGCCCAAAAAACGGCCCAUACAAAUUGUAUGGAAAAUUUUUCGCCGAUGAAAUAUUUUCUAGUUUUCCGAUUAUGAAUAUAUAGCCCAAACACUAAUCAUUUUCGAAGAAAAAUCCGAGUCACAUGAAUGUUCGAUAAUAAUCGAAAUUUUGACACCGUGAACUGUUUUCAUAAGCGUCGGAUCACCUUGCGGUCUUCGGCAAAGUUU